CACAAGAAGGCCGCCGCCGAGACGACGAUGGAGUCCAUGGUCGCGGGGCCGUUGAUGAUCAGGACCAAGAGCGUCAACCUCACGGGCCCAGCUGGUUCCUGCGGCCGCUGUGGCGUCAAGGAGAGCCCCGAGCAUCCGCUCCCCGACGUCGAGUUCCCCAGUGAGGAGAUCAAGAAGUUCCCCUUCGGCUGCGCCUUCCACGUCCGUGGCUUUGUGAACGGGAAGUUCUGGAUUGAUUACACUUGGCCUACUCUUUGCGGGGCUCGCGAGACUGACCGCGAGUUGGCCGGUACCUUCGAGGCGUGCUGCGAGGCCGCCGACGGCGCGCGUUUCUCGGGCACGUUGCCGCAGGACGUCUCGAUGGGCACGCAGACUGGCAUCACAUGGAAAUGGGACUGCAUCCUCAUCACAGACUCCCAAUACCAGACCCACACCGCCCCUCCAGGGGCGCAGAGCCUAACGCCGCAGCAGGCAGGGGAACGUUCCACAGAAGUCCAGAACGAGCACAAGGGUGAUGCGGUCACGGGGACGCUGGCCCUGGAUCCGACGUCGCCUUAUCUCAAGGUCCGCAGGUUCACCGCCACCGUGACCGCCCGCAGCGAGAAGGUUACGUCGGCCGACGAUUGCUGCCGCGAGGGCGCGGCUUCAUCAUUAGAGGAGGCCGCCAACAAGCUCACGCGCGAUCAGAUGCCCACUUCCUCGAGGGGGCAUGUUGGGAUCCCGACGGCGGCCGAGCUCGAGGCCAAGGCCUCGGGCGCGGCGCGGGGCCUCGGGCUGCUUGCCGAACGCACCGCGGGGCACCAGUCGGGGCAGUUGGCCAUCGCCGACCGCCGAGUCGACGACAGCGGCGGCAGCGCCACGCCCCCUCCAGGCCACGGCGGCGCGUCGCAAGGUCCAGCGUCGCUUGGGCCAAGCCCCGCCACCCUCCAUGAUGCCAGCGUCGGGUUCGCCAAUGCAACCGCUACAGCAGUGCCUGCUUCGAGUGGAGCCAGCGUUGCCCGCGACUGCAUGGGCGGUGGCGCGAGGCCGCUGCCGUCGAACGUCAGCGACCGCAGCCAGGCGGCGGCCUCAUCGCUGCGCACAGGGACGCCGCUGUUCGCCAAGAAGCUGGCUGCGGGUUGCGACUCCUCGGAGAAGGCGAGGCUGAAGGAGCUCAAGGAUGCGAUCUCCUUGGGGCGCAUCCUCACGAUGGGUGGGGACCAUGGCAUCGGUGAUAAGAUCUACGCGCUGCGGCGCUGGAGGCCUGAUAGCGGCGUCUCGGACGGUGAGGCGAACAACUACCUCAGCGACAUCGACUGGUGCGUGGCUCUGGGCGGGGCGGCCGUCGAAGUUAUGGGGCAAGAGAUCCGCCUUCAGCUGCUCGGGAACAUCGAGCGCGUUGACCUCUCGGACGCGGCCCCCUUCAAGCUGCAGGUCUGCGCAGCCGCGGCCAGAGAGAUGUUCGACACUGUAGGCAGGGUCGAGAUCUGCAUUCCUUGGAAGAUGUUCGCGAUGGGCGGGGGUGAGUUUUCGAUGGCGCAGCCCGUGUUCUCGGCUGCCAGGGUUCCAGUAGCAGAGCUUGUCGAUGCGGGCAGGACAUUCUUCAUCCACAAUUUGGUCUUGCCGUGCACCAAUCAGGAUAAGCUCCACAGCGCAUGGAUGCUUGAUCUGAUCGAGCACAUCCUUCCUCGCGUCAGGUCCGAGUCGGUUCGCGAGGAGGCUGGCAUAUGCAAAGGCUUAGAAAAGGAGAUCUACGUGUACGCCGAGUCCCGGCCGGAGUGGCGCGUGGUCGUGACAACCUUUGGCUCGGAGUGGAAGGCGUGCCUGGAGGAGUGCAACCGUUCCAGCCGCACUGACGUGAAGUACCGCGAAAAGGUCGCCCCCGUUGAAUCGAUGCUCGGGGUCGCCAACAAGACUCUGGCCAUUCAGGAGAUUCAUUCAGCCACCGAGAACCUGAAGGAGCGGGGCCCUUGGUUACGCCUGGGUGCUGCGAAACGCCUCAUGGUCCAGUUCCGCAGUAAGUUGGAGGACUUCGUCGAGCACUCUUCGCGCAAGGUGGACAUCGCCGACGAGGAGGUACCAUAUACCGAGUUAGCGACGAAGUUGAACUUGGACUUCCUCGACCUCCUGAGCCUCAUCCCGACGCUGCGUGACAUCAAUGUGUGCAUGAAAGGCAAGAGCGACAAACUUAUGAAGGCUUGCUCCACCUACGAUCCCAAGGGCGAUGAGACAGCGCAGCAUGUGACAAUCGCUUUGACGGGGUCUGAGGGCGCACGCGUCGGGUCGGGCGAGGUCGUCGCCAAGCUCAUCGGAUGUGCUCGGACUUGCUUCGGUCACGCGGUGCAGAUGGGCCUCGACGUAGCCGCAGCCUCCGGCGCGCGCUGGACCGAGAGCGCCGACCAGAUGAAGAAGGCGCAGGCAGCGGCCGCUGGCGCGCUCAAUCGACCCCAGGAGUUCGACGCUCAGGCGCGAGAGCUCCACGGGCUGGUGGUCACCAAGACGACGCUGCUCCAGGUGGUGAUUUUCAUCGGGGCCGUCGCCGCCCACGCGCCGUUCGGCAACUUGCAGCGCGUGGACGCGGCCAAUGGUGCGCAG